AAGUACCCCAAUUAUCAUGUCGACAAGUGGAAACCAAGAGCACGAAGAUUCUAGCAGUGACGACGAUGAGUUAAUGGAUCUAGAAUUUUUGGAAAAUAUGGAGGAAUUUGAUGAGGAGGAUGAGCGAAUUCCUCAACGAGUAGCCCCUUUUACUGGUCAAUCAUACACUCAAUUUUUUAUGACAAAACACCCCACAACCAUUAAAGAUGUUUUACGUGUUGACAAACUGACUUUUAAAUCAUUGGUUGCAUUGUUGGUGGAUAAGGGUCAGUUAAAAUGGGAUCAUAUGAGACUAUCCAUAGAGGAAUCGUUGGCAAUAUUCUUGUUCAUAUGUGGACAAAGCGGACGGAUGUGACUUGCUGCUGACCAAUUCCAACAUUCCCUUGAUACCAUAAGCAGACACUUCAACCUUAUGCGUCGUGCUCUUUGUUAUGUUGGUAUGUCCAUAAUCCGACCACCUAAUCUUAACGACACGCCUCCUCAAAUUCUCAAUGACAGAAGAUAUUACCCAUGGUUUAAUGACUGCAUUGGCGCAAUAGAUAGAACCCACAUUGAGGCUUGGGUACCAGCGUCCAAGCAAAUCGCAUUUCGUGGCAGGAAGUCCAUCAAAACUCAAAAUGUGAUGGCAGUAUGCUCAUUUGACAUGAAGUUUACUUUCGUUUACCCCGGUUGGGAAGGGAGUGCCCACGAUGGACGUGUUUUCUUGGCUGCAGCGUCGAACCCAGCCUACAACUUCCCACACCCGCCACUAAAUAAAUAUUAUGUGGUGGAUUCUGGAUACACGAACAUGCUCAGGUAUCUAGCUCCUUAUCGAGGACAUAGGUACUAUAGGGACAAGUGGAAUGGAGUUGAUACAGUGUUUCGGUUGCCCCAAGAGCUGUUUAACUACAAGCAUUCAUCGUUGAGGAAUGUUAUAGAACGUUGUUUCGGUGUUUUGAAAGCAACGUUCCCAAUACUAAAAACUAUGCCUAGGUACUCAUGUGCUCGUCAACCUACAAUCGUUAGUGCAUGUUGUGUGGUGCACAAUUGGAUCAUAGAGCGGCAUGGAAGAGAUGAAUUUUUCGAUGGACAUAAUGAACAUGAUUGGGAGGGAAAUGAGGAGGACAACGGGAAUGGCGUAGAGGAACAUGUCAGUAAUGUAGGCGAGGUUGAGCCUAUCAACAUGUCACGUCAAAAUCUUCAAUUGAUGUCUAUUAGGCAGGAUGAAAUUGCGCAACAAAUUUGGGCGGACUAUUGAUGUGUUUUUCUUUUCAUGCACUAGUUUGUUAUCUUCAAAUUCUACCGUAUUUGUCAACUAUCAUAUAUGUUUAUGUAUUAUUAUUUGAACUGUGACUUUC